AUGGGAAAGAUUAGUCAACCAAACUCGCAAAUUAAGCUUACUAAUGUUUCGCUUGUGCGAAUGAAGAAAGGGAAGAAACGGUUUGAAGUUGCAUGUUAUCAGAAUAAAGCACAUGAUUUCCAAGCAGGUGUUGAAAAGAAUGUUGAUGAAGUGUUGCAAAUUCCACAGGUUUUCACCAACGUUUCGAAAGGUCAGGUCGCAUCUACAGAAGACUUGAAGGCGGCAUUUAAUACCACAGAUUUAGAUGCGAUUAUUUUGGAAAUUUUAAAGAAGGGUGAGAUCCAAUUCAGUGAAAAGGAACGUGCACAACAGAACGAAAAGUUACACAAUGAAAUAUUGAGCAUAAUUUCGGCCAAAUGUAUCAAUCCUAAGAGCAAGAAGAGAUAUCCACCUACAAUGAUCGAUAAAGCGUUGAAGGAAUUAAAAUUCAACAUUAUAAACGCUAGAAGUGCAAAAUCUAAGGCGUUAGAAGCAAUUAAAAUCCUUGUUGAGAAGCAAGUAAUUCCUAUUGCAAGAGCAAAGAUGAGAGUGAAAGUAAUUAUGGAUAGCAACAAAUACAAUACUAUCAAGGAGGCAUUUCAGUCUUCCUUUGUUGCUGAUUUGGAGAGUGAGAAGACACAAUCGCAAGAUGUAGAGAUUUUAUUUUUGGUUGAACCGGAGAAUUACAAGCCUCUAGUAGAGAAGGUCAGAGCAGUAAAGGGAAGAAUCGAAUUAGUUGACACAGCAGUCAUUCAGGAUGGAGAACUGAAACUUUGA